AUGGCUUCAGUGAUGGUGGUGGAGCCGAAACCCUUACCCAAUCCCCCAGCAACCCUCCCAGCCAUCCUCCCGGAUCCCCACUCCAGCUCCGACGACGAAGACGACCUCUACAGCCGGCUGAAAUCCCUGGAACGGCAACUGGAGUUCAUCGAGAUCCAAGAAGAGUACGUGAAGGACGAGCAGAAGAAUCUGAAGCGCGAGCUCCUCCGUGCCCAGGAAGAGGUCAAGCGGAUCCAAUCUGUCCCCCUCGUCAUCGGUCAGUUCAUGGAGAUGAUUGAUCAGAACAACGGUAUUGUUGGUUCCACCACUGGCUCCAAUUACUAUGUCAGGAUUCUCAGUACCAUUAAUCGCGAGCUUUUGAAGCCCUCUGCUUCUGUUGCCUUGCACCGCCACUCCAAUGCCCUCGUUGAUGUCUUGCCUCCGGAGGCCGAUUCCAGUAUUUCGCUGCUCAGCCAGUCCGAGAAGCCUGAUGUUACCUAUAAUAUAUUUCAUAGAAAUUGA